CAGCGAGGAUCUAGGCGAGUGACUGAGUUGCUGGAUAUGUAAGGCAAAGGCAAAAGCAGGUACUGGCGUUAACGGCGUGACGAAGGGACCAGGAAGGAACUGGAGAUCCCGGAUGAAGAACACGACUGACGCUUAGACCCGGGCUAGAAGACGGGGGAGGGGGAAGCGGCCUGGGGGUUAGGCAAGCAUGAUGUGGAACUAGGGGCUGGACUGGAGCUUACAGCUGGGCCGAGGGCUCCACCAAGCUGAGGUUCAAAGUUGAUCUCCGCGAGGUAGAGUCCUGUGAAAGAACUGGGCUGACAGCGAUGUGGGUCAGGACGACGACAGUAACGAUUAAAAGAUGGACUGAGGAAAAGCCUGGCUGCUGCAAAACUAACAUUUGGGACAAGACCGAGAAAACCGAUAUAAGCAGGUUGCCCAGCUGGAAGAGGGGGCAUCUGGAUAUUGAGGAGUCCAGCAGCGAUAUAUCUUCCAGUGAUGUAUCUUCCUUUUCCUCUGAAGGUGACUGCAGGGAGACUGACAGGCGUUGCUGGAAACACCAGAAGUGUGCUGGGCAUAUCCACCCCUUCUCAGACUGUGGCCAUCACAACCAGCACAACCAGCACAACCAGCACAACCAGCACACCCAGCACAACCAGCACAACCAGCACACGCACGCUGUUAGCCACUGCAACUGUGAAUCUAGGCUGAAGGACUGCUCAGAGAAGAAAAAUAGUAGCAGCCCCCGAGAUGUAGGCCCGACCUGCUGCAGAGAUGGGGGCCCAACCUGCUACAACUUCAUCCAUGCCCCUUGCAUUGAAAUCAUCCCAGAAGAAGAGUGUGUGGAGCGGAUCUGGUAUAGCUGGUGCAAAAGCUACAGGCCUGUCUCUGUGGCAGUAAUCCACCAUCCCAUCCAUCAUGUGUGUAGGCCAGAUGACCGAAAUGAGGAGCCAGAGGAGGAGGAAGAGACCCCAUCAUCCGUCCCACCUGGCCCAGACACCAGGCCAGUCCCCGGGGCUCCCGACUCAGCAGCUCCCAUUACCAUCUGGCGCUCUGAGAGCCCCACAGACAAGAGUCAGGAUGUCAAGGUCACCAAGAAGGUAAAGAAGAAAAAAGAGAAAGAGAAAGAGAAAGAGAAAGAGAAGGAGAAAGAGAAGGAGAAAGAGAAGGAGAAAGAGAAAGAGAAAGAGAAAGAGAAGGAGAAAGAGAAGGAGGAUGAGAUGGUGGAUGAGAAGGCAAAGUUGAAGAAGAAAGUCAAGAAGGGCAAGUUAAUAACUAAGAAGAAAGUCCCAGUGAAAUCAGCGUCUUCCCCUCCAGACUUGAGCAGAUCACUAAGCCCAAGAGAACUAGUCAGGACAUCAGAGUCCAGCCCAGAAAGCCGGGAAGAGCUGGAGAGUGAGGAAAGUUAUGAACGGGGCAAAGAGAGACCCUCCAGUGAAGAAAUUGUGGAGUCAUCAUCAUCCAGAAAGAGAGAGAAGAGCACUACCCAGGCCAAAAAGAAUGGUACAAAGACCUUACAAACCAAGAAGAUAAGCAAGAGAAAAUCUCCCCCAGUGUCCAACCCCAAUCUCAGUUGAGGCCUGGGCAACCAGAGUGAAUAAAUCAAGCCUGUAACUGA